GAAUACAAACCUCUCUAAUGAUGUCGCCGGCCAUGUGGAAAUGGACUUGCCUGGUUUCCCACCUCCUGCUGUCCACCACAGUGUCACCUCUUGGCAGACAGCAGCCACCCCAUCCAAAGAGGCCCUUCAUCACCUUCACUGCAGACCAAGCAGAGGGAAACUUCAACCACUUGGUGGUGGACGAAAGGACUGGGCACAUUUACUUGGGGGCUGUCAACAGGAUCUACAAACUCUCCAGUGACCUGAAGGUCCUGGUGACGCACGAGACUGGUCCUGAUGAUGACAAUCCCAAGUGUUAUCCUCCCAGGAUAGUCCAAACCUGCAACGAGCCCUUGACGCCCACCAACAACAUAAACAAAAUGCUCCUCAUAGACUACAAGGAGAAUCGGUUGAUAGCCUGUGGGAGUUUGUACCAGGGCAUCUGCAAGCUCCUGAGGCUGGAUGACCUCUUCAAGCUGGGAGAGCCCUUCCACAAGAAGGAGCAUUACCUCUCUGGGGUGAACGAGAGUGGCUCUGUUUUUGGAGUCAUUGUUUCUUACAGCAACAUGGACGACAAGCUGUUCAUCGCCACGGCCGUGGAUGGCAAACCGGAGUAUUUCCCCACCAUCUCCAGCAGAAAGCUCACCAAGAACUCCGAGGCUGAUGGGAUGUUUGCAUAUGUCUUUCACGACGAGUUUGUGGCCUCUAUGAUCAAGAUCCCCUCAGACACCUUUACCAUCAUCCCCGACUUCGAUAUCUACUACAUCUACGGCUUCAGCAGCGGGAACUUUGUCUACUUCCUGACUCUGCAGCCUGAGAUGAUCUCCCCACCCGGCUCCACCACAAAGGAGCAGGUUUAUACCUCCAAGCUGGUGCGGCUUUGUAAGGAGGACACGGCCUUUAACUCCUAUGUGGAGGUGCCCAUUGGCUGUGAGAAGAACGGGGUGGAAUAUCGAUUGCUCCAGGCUGCCUACUUGUCAAAGGCUGGAGCCAUCCUGGCCAGGUCGCUGGGCGUUGGCCCCGAGGAUGAUAUCCUCUUCACAGUCUUCUCCAAGGGGCAGAAAAGGAAGAUGAAGUCCUUGGAUGAGUCUGCUCUUUGCAUCUUUGUCCUGAAAAACAUCAACGACCGCAUCAAGGACAGGCUUCAGUCCUGCUACAGGGGAGAGGGGACGUUAGAUCUGGCCUGGCUCAAGGUCAAGGACAUUCCCUGUAGCAGCGCGCUGUUAACAAUUGAUGACAAUUUCUGUGGCCUGGAUAUGAAUGCCCCCUUGGGAGUAUCAUCCAUGGUGCGAGGGCUCCCCAUUUUCACCGAGGAUGGGGACAGGAUGACCUCGGUGAUUGCCUACGUCUACAAGAACCACUCCCUGGCUUUUGUGGGCACCAAGAGUGGGAAGCUCAAGAAGAUCCGUGUGGAUGGCACCACCAAGAACACGCUGGAGUACGAGAUCGUGCAGGUGGUGGACUCUGGCCCCAUCCUCCGGGACAUGGCCUUCUCCGUGGACCACGAACACCUCUACAUCAUGUCUGAGAAGCAGCUCACCAGGGUGCCCGUGGAGUCGUGCAGCCAGCACGAGACGUGCAGCGAGUGCCUGGGCUCGGGAGACCCGCACUGCGGAUGGUGCGUCCUCCACAACACCUGCACGAGGAAGGAGCGGUGCGAGCGCUCCAGCGAGCCGCGCAGAUUCGCCUCGGAGAUGAAGCAGUGCGUCCGCCUCACCGUGCACCCCAACAACAUCUCCGUCUCCCAGUACAACGUUCUGCUGGUCUUGGAGACCUACAACGUCCCCGAGCUGUCAGCAGGAGUCAACUGCACCUUCGAGGACCUCUCGGAGAUGGAUGGGUUGGUGGUGGGCAGCCAGAUCCAGUGCAUCUCUCCAGCUGCCAAGGAGGUGCCCCAGAUCAUCACAGAGAAUGGUGACCAUCACAUUGUCCAGCUCCAGCUCAAGUCCAAGGAAACGGGGAUGACCUUUGCCAGCACCAGCUUCGUUUUCUACAACUGCAGCGUCCACAACUCGUGCCUGUCGUGCGUGGAGAGCCCCUACCGCUGUCACUGGUGCAAGUACCGCCACGUGUGCACCCACGACCCCAGCUCCUGCUCCUUCCAGGAGGGACGAGUCAAGAUGCCUGAGGACUGUCCCCAGCUGCUGCAGGCCGAGAAGAUCCUGGUGCCCGUGGAGGUGAUCAAACCCAUCACGCUGAAGGCCAAGAACCUGCCCCAGCCACAGUCGGGCCAGCGGGGCUACGAGUGCAUCCUGAACAUCCAGGGCAGCGAGCAGAGGGUGCCAGCCUUGAGGUUCAACAGCUCCAGCGUGCAGUGCCAGAACACCUCGUACUCGUACGAAGGGAUGGAGAUUAACAGCCUGCCAGUGGAGCUGACAGUCGUGUGGAACGGGAAUUUCAACAUUGACAACCCAGCACAGAACAAAGUUCACCUGUACAAGUGCGGGGCCAUGCGGGACAGCUGCGGACUCUGCCUGAAAGCCGACCCCGACUUCGAGUGUGGCUGGUGCCAGGGACAGAACCAGUGCACGCUGAAGCAGCACUGCCCAGCCCAGGACAGCCAGUGGCUGGAGCUGUCCAGCACCAAGGGCAAGUGCACCAACCCCAAGAUCACGGAUAUCAACCCCGUGACGGGCCCUCGCGAGGGAGGGACCAAAGUGACCAUCCGUGGGGAGAACCUGGGGCUGGAAUUCCGGGAUAUCGCGUCCCAUGUCAAAGUGGCCGGCGUGGAGUGCAAGCCCCUGGUGGAAGGGUACAUCCCAGCAGAGCAGAUCGUGUGUGAGAUGGGGGAGGCCAAGCCCAGCCAGCACGCCGGAUUUGUGGAAAUCUGCGUGGCCGAGUGCAAGCCAGAGUUCAUGGCCAGGUCUUCUCAGCUCUACUACUUCAUGACUCUGACCCUCUCUGACCUGAAGCCGAAGCGAGGACCAGUGUCGGGUGGCACCCAGGUGACAAUCACAGGCAACAACCUCAACGCUGGCAGCAAUGUCAUUGUGACCUUCGGGCGACAACCCUGCCUCUUCUACAGGAGAUCCACCAAGCACAUUGUCUGUAACACCACGGCCUCCUAUGAAGGCUUUGAGAAGGUGAAGGUGUCUGUGAGAGUGGACAAGGCCAAGAUCCAUCAGGAGCUGCACUAUGAAUAUGUAGAGGAUCCCACCAUCCUGAGGAUCGAGCCUGAGUGGAGCAUCUUCAGUGGCAACACUCCUAUUGCUGUGUGGGGAACUCACCUGGACCUCAUCCAAAACCCUCAGAUCCGGGCAAAGCACGGCGGAAAGGAGCACGUCAAUAACUGUGAGGUGCAGAACAGCACAGAGAUGACCUGCCAGGCCCCAGCUCUGGCUGUGGACCCCAAUCACCAAUCUGAGCUCGCCGAGCGCCCGGAGGAGUUUGGCUUCAUCCUUGACAACGUGCAGUCCCUGCUGAUCCUCAACAAAACCAACUUCACCUACUACCCCAACCCCAUCUUUGAGGUUUUCAAUCCCUCAGGGAUCCUGGAGCUGAAGCCUGGAAGUCCCAUCAUCCUGAAGGGCAGGAAUCUGAUCCCACCGGUGGCAGGAGGCAAUGCCAGACUGAACUACACCGUUCUGGUGGGAGAGAAGCCCUGUGCAGUGACUGUGUCAGACGUGCAGCUCCUCUGUGAGUCCCCAAACCUCAUUGGGAGGCACAAGGUGAUGGCUCGUGUAGGAGGGAUGGAGUUCUCUCCGGGGAUGGUCUACAUCUCCCCAGACAGCCCUCUCAGCUUGCCAGCCAUCGUCAGCAUCGCGGUGGCCGGCGGGCUGCUCAUCAUCUUCAUCGUGGCCGUGCUGAUCGCGUACAAGCGCAAGUCCAGGGAGAGCGACCUCACCCUCAAGCGCCUGCAGAUGCAGAUGGACAACCUGGAGUCCCGGGUGGCCCUGGAGUGCAAGGAAGCCUUUGCAGAGCUGCAGACAGAUAUCCACGAGCUGACGAGUGACCUGGAUGGAGCUGGGAUCCCUUUCCUUGACUACCGAACCUACACGAUGAGAGUGCUUUUCCCUGGCAUUGAAGAUCAUCCAGUCCUGAGGGAUUUGGAGGUGCCUGGCUACCGGCAGGAACGGGUGGAGAAGGGCCUGAAGCUCUUUGCCCAGCUCAUCAACAACAAGGUUUUCCUGCUGUCCUUCAUCCGCACGCUGGAGUCGCAGCGCAGCUUCUCCAUGCGGGACCGCGGCAACGUGGCCUCGCUGAUCAUGACGGUGCUGCAGAGCAAGCUGGAGUACGCCACCGACGUCCUCAAACAGCUCCUGGCUGACCUCAUCGACAAAAACCUGGAGAGCAAGAACCACCCCAAGCUGCUGCUCCGUAGAACAGAGUCUGUGGCUGAAAAAAUGCUCACCAACUGGUUCACCUUCCUUCUCUACAAGUUCCUCAAGGAGUGUGCUGGAGAGCCUCUCUUCUCCCUUUUCUGUGCCAUCAAGCAGCAGAUGGAGAAGGGCCCCAUUGAUUCCAUCACGGGGGAGGCCCGGUACUCCCUGAGCGAGGACAAGCUCAUCCGACAGCAGAUCGACUACAAGACCCUGGUGCUGAGCUGUGUGAACCCCGACAACGUGAACAGCGCCGAGAUCCCGGUGAAGAUCCUCAACUGUGACACCAUCACCCAGGUCAAGGAGAAGAUCCUCGAUGCCAUCUUCAAGAACGUGCCCUGCUCCCACCGGCCCAAAGCUGCUGACAUGGACCUGGAGUGGCGGCAGGCGAGCGGGGCGAGGAUGAUCCUUCAGGAUGAGGACAUCACCACCAAGAUAGAGAACGACUGGAAGAGACUCAACACGCUGGCACACUACCAGGUCCCAGAUGGCUCUGUGGUGGCUUUAGUCUCCAAGCAAGUCACUGCCUACAACGCAGUCAACAACUCCACGGUGUCCCGGACAUCAGCCAGCAAGUAUGAAAACAUGAUCCGCUACACGGGCAGCCCCGACAGCCUCCGCUCGCGCACCCCCAUGAUCACCCCCGACCUGGAGAGCGGCGUCAAGAUGUGGCACCUGGUCAAGAACCACGAGCAUGGAGACCAAAAAGAGGGUGACCGAGGCAGCAAGAUGGUUUCUGAGAUCUACCUGACCAGGUUACUGGCCACCAAGGGCACCCUCCAGAAAUUCGUGGACGACCUCUUUGAGACCAUCUUCAGCACUGCCCACCGUGGCAGUGCCCUCCCCCUGGCCAUCAAGUACAUGUUUGAUUUCCUGGAUGAGCAGGCGGACAAGCACAACAUCCACGACCCCCACGUGCGGCACACCUGGAAGAGCAACUGCCUCCCCUUGCGGUUCUGGGUUAACAUGAUCAAGAACCCCCAGUUCGUCUUCGACAUUCACAAAAACAGCAUCACAGACGCCUGCCUGUCCGUGGUGGCUCAGACCUUCAUGGACUCCUGCUCCACCUCAGAGCACCGGCUGGGCAAAGACUCCCCCUCCAACAAGCUCCUCUACGCCAAGGACAUCCCCAGCUACAAGAACUGGGUGGAAAGGUACUACUCGGACAUCGCCAAGAUGCCAGCAAUCAGUGACCAGGACAUGAAUGCUUACCUGGCUGAGCAGUCCCGCAUGCACAUGAACGAGUUCAACACCAUGAGCGCGCUCUCCGAGAUCUACUCCUACGUGGGCAAGUACAGCGAGGAGAUCCUCGGAGCCCUCGAUCAAGACGACCAGGCUGGGAAACAGAAACUUGCCUACAAACUUGAACAAGUUAUAACCCUCAUGAGCAUAGACAGCUGAGAACUGUCCUGCCAGGGACACCCUGGGAGGGAUAAACCAAGUCGUGCCUCACUCAAGAUCAUCAUCUUUACCAAGUGCAAGUUUUGAUGGGCUGUAAGCAGAGUCACCCGAACAGCGCUCCUCUCUCUCUCUCCCCCCCUCUCUCUUUCUCUCUUUUCCUUCUCUUUCCAAACCUAUGGACAAAGCGACAGAGCCCCAGGGGUUAAAAGAAAAGACUGCAGAGGAAUCUUGGCUCUGGGGCCAUGAAGACAUUUGGGUGAAGCUCUCCUUUUCACAGCUUCCCCUCUGCCUUUUGCCCUAGAGAGAAACUAUUGAACACACACAAAAACCCCACCAACCCUCCCCCAGCAUCACAUCCUCACUCUGCAGAGGUGAAACUGGGAGGUAACUUCUGUCAUGCUGCUUUAACUGCCCUCCGAGGGCUGGAGCCCCUGGAGAGGACGUGGAAAUGAACUCAGUAUUACUCAAGUGUCCCCAAGGGGAAGGCAG